AUGGCAGACACCAGUCUUUCUCCGACAUCCAACCCGUCGGCCACAUCGUCUGCCCUUGGCAGCAGUCGGAUUUACAAUCAAUUUCAACAUCUGCAAGCCCUGCUGGAGGUGCUUGAUCCUGUAAUGGCCUCGCACAUGCGUCUCAGUGAGGACAAUGCGCAUCUCUACUUUUAUCGUUGGUUCCUUCUGGAUUUCAAGCGGGAACUCAAGUACGAAGACGUUUUCCGUGUUUGGGAAACUAUUUGGACCGCGCGUCGACUGGUCACUCAUGAUUUUGGCGUUUUUCUGGCCUUCGCUCUCAUUCAGUGCUACCGCGAUAUUAUUCUCUUCUACUGUGGGGAUUAUACUGACAUUAUACGAUUCUACAACGCAGUCUCUCGUCUAGAGCAACAGAGUCUCGUGUCGCUAGCAGCAGAAUUUUAUGUCCCCAGCAGCAGCAGAGUGCCGCCUCGAGCAGUGGCAGCGUAUUUAAGGACUGAUGGCUUUUGUUCCCUCUGCAGACAGCCACCAUGGGGUGUCCUCAGGAUGGCACGUCGCGCCCUCAGUGACGCCCGCAUGUACAUGCGUCCUUUCGUGGCCUCUUGUCAUGCGUGA